CAACAUUCCUGAAGCGGCGAAGUUUGUUGACACUUGUUGGGUUUGUUACCGGCAACAAAAUUGUAGUCUAUGACUUUUUUAUUUUAAGAUUGUAAAUUAAGAAGAUGAGGACUGUACCAACAUGGGUUGAUAAAGUUCUUGAUAGAGACAAAGCAGAGCAAUGUAUAUGGGAUCUGUGUUUUAAUCCAAGUGGAACUCAGCUGAUUGUUGCUGCAGGAAGCAGGGUUUUAGUCUAUGACACCAGUGAUGGUUCUAUUAUUCAACCAUUAAAAGGCCAUAAAGAUACAGUUUAUUGUGUGACUUAUGCCAAAGAUGGAAAGCAUUUUGCUUCUGGAUCUGCAGAUAAGAGUGUCAUCAUAUGGACUAGUAAAUUGGAAGGAAUACUCAAAUAUACGCACAAUGAUGCUAUUCAGUGUAUGAAAUAUAAUCCUGUAACCCACCAGUUAGCAAGCUGUGCAUGUACAGAUUUUGGUUUAUGGGCACCAGAGAAAAAAUCUGUAUCAAAACAUAAAGUAAAUAGUCGGAUAACAGCCUGUAGUUGGACCAAUGAUGGUCAGUAUAUGGCAUUAGGGCUUUAUAAUGGUCUGGUUAGCAUUAGAAAUAAGUCUGGAGAAGAAAAAGUUAAAAUAGAAAGACCUGGUGCCAACAUGGCUCCUGUGUGGGCCAUAGCAUGGAAUCCAAGCAGGGAUGAACCAUAUGAUGUGUUAGCUGUAGCUGAUUGGGGACAGAAACUUUCAUUCUAUCAGUUAUCAGGAAAACAGAUUGGUAAAGAUCGUCCAUUAGGUUAUGAUCCGUGUGCAUUAAACUGGUGGGCCGGUGGAGAGUAUGUUAUUUUAGGUGGAGCUAAUAAACAGUGUUCUCUACAUACUAAAGAAGGUGUUAAACUAGGUGUUAUAGGUGAUCAGACAUCAUGGGUAUGGUGCUGUGAAGUUAGAGAGGAUGGUAAUUAUGUGGCUGUUGGUUGUCAAGAUGGUACAUUGGCUUAUUAUCAGGUUAUAUUUAGUACUGUACAUGGUUUAUAUAAAGAUAGAUAUGCCUACAGAGAUAAUAUGACAGAUGUUAUAAUACAACAUUUAAUUACAGAACAAAAAGUGAGGAUCAAAUGUCGAGAUUUAGUAAAAAAGAUAGCCAUCUACAAACAUAGACUUGCUGUACAACUACCUGACCGUAUAGUUAUUUAUGAACUUUAUUCUGAUGAUUCAGCUGACAUGCAUUAUCGUGUCAAAGAGAAGAUUAAUAAGAAGUUAGAAUGUAAUUUAUUAGUUGUUUGUUCUAAACAUAUUAUACUCUGUCAGGAGAAGCGGCUGCAGUGUUUGUCGUUUCAAGGUAUAAAGGAAAAGGAAUGGAUAAUGGAGUCUUUAAUUCGUUAUAUUAAAGUCAUAGGUGGUGCAUCUGGGAGAGAGGGACUACUAGUUGGAUUGAAAAAUGGACAGAUAAUGAAAGUAUUUACAGAUAAUCCGUUUCCUAUACAACUAUUAAAACAGACUACAUCUGUCAGAUGUUUAGAUCUUAGUGCUAGUAGAAAUAAACUAGCUGUUGUAGAUGAACAUAGUACUGUAUUAGUAUAUGAUCUUACUACUAAGGAACUCUUAUUCCAGGAACCAAAUGGUAAUAGUGUAGCUUGGAAUACACAGUAUGAAGAUAUGAUAUGUUUUUCUGGUAAUGGUAUGCUGAAUAUUAAAGCUAGUACUUUUCCUGUUCAUCAACAAAAACUCCAGGGAUUUGUUGUGGGUUUUACAGGAUCAAAGAUCUUUUGUUUACAUGUAUAUGCUAUGUCAUCUGUUGAUGUACCACAAUCAGCACCAAUGUACCAAUAUUUAGAGAAGAAACAAUUCAAAGAUGCGUAUAAGAUAGCAUGUUUGGGUGUAACAGAUGGAGAUUGGGAAGUACUAGCACAUGAAGCAUUAGAAGGAUCAGAUUUUACAAUAGCUAAGAAAGCUUUCAUCAAAAUCAAAGAUUUACGUUAUCUUGAACUUAUUCAUAAUAUUGAGGAACGUAAAAAGCGUGGUGAGAAUGACAACAUGGUGUUUUUAGGAGAUACAUACGCAUAUCAAGGCAAGUUUCAAGAAGCUGCUAAGUUGUUUAAAAAAGCUGGACAAGAACAAAGAGCUUUGAACAUGUACACAGAUCUACGAAUGUUUGAUAAUGCUAAGGAAUUUAUUGGUAUUGGAGAUCCUCAAGAUAAGAAAUUAUUGAUGACCAAACAAGCAGAUUGGGCUAAAAGUAGUAAUGAACCUAGAGCAGCUGCAGAGAUGUAUAUAUCAGCAGGAGAACAUAAAAAAGCUAUAGAAAUAAUAGGAGAUAAUGGUUGGACAGACAUGUUAAUUGAUGUAGCAAGAAGAUUGGAUAAAGCUGAUCGUGAAGCUCUAGGACGAUGUGCCUAUCAUCUAGCUAGAUUACAUGAUUAUGGUAGUGCUGCUGAAGUCUAUAGUAAAAUGGGUGAUAUUAAAUCAUUGAUCACCAUGAGGGUGGAAGCUCAACAUUGGGAUGAUGCUUUUACUCUUGUUGAUAAACAUCCAGAAUAUAAAGAAGAUGUCUAUGUACCAUAUGCACAAUUUCUAGCUGAAAAUGAUCAGUUUGAAGAAGCUCAACAAGCUUUCCAUAAAGCGGGUUUACAAGCUGAAGCUGUUAAGGUAUUAGAACAACUUACCCAUAAUGCUGUUGUGGAGAGUCGCUAUGACGAUGCUGGUUAUUAUUUCUGGAAACUUUCGAUGCAGUGUCUUGAUAUUGCUAGAGAUGAAAAAGAUAAACAAGAGGAGAUGUUGAUUAAAUUUAAUGAUUUUCAGAAGAAAGCAGAAAUGUAUUAUACUUAUCAUACUAUACAUAGACACGUGGUUGAACCAUUUACAUCUGUAUUACCUGAAGGUUUAUUAAAUAUAUCACGAUAUCUGGUACAUUGUAUGGGUACAGAUAUACCACAUGGUGUUUCUAAAGGAGCAACAUUUUACACAUUAGCCAAACAGAGUAAGAACCUGGGAGCAUAUAAACUAGCACGACAUGCCUAUGAUAAGCUACAAUCGUUGAGAAUACCACCAAGAUUUCUAGAAGCUGUUGAUUUAGGUAGUAUAACUAUCAGAGCUAAACCAUUUCAAGAUGGAGAGGAUCUGUUACCACUGUGUUACCGAUGUUCUACAACUAAUCCCUUACUAAAUAAAAUAGGACCACAAUGUGUCAACUGCCUACAGCCCUUUGUUUUUUCUGCUGUUAAUUAUGAAGUAUUACCAUUAGUUGAGUUUGUAAUAGAAGAUGGCAUUACUGAUGAAGAAGCUAUACAGAUAUUAGAUUUGUCCAUACCAAAGCAGAAAUCAAAAGAUCCAACGGGUAGUUGGCAGGAAAAUAAAAUGUCCAAUAAUAUGCAAUCAUUACGGCUUGGUGAUGAUCCUGAAACAGAUGAAGGGGAUCCAUUUACUGCUCAGCUUAAAGUACCUGAUCAUGAUGGUGAACCAGCAACUUUCCGUCCAGUAGUAGUGAAUAGAAAAAUUCUACAAUCUAUGUCCAGAUCAGAUGUACAUAUAUUAAAAUGGCCAAAACCAUUACGUUACCAGUUUUUCCGUUCAUUAUUAGUAGAUGUUUCAAUAACCAAGUGCUCAUUCUGUAAUAAGAUGUUCCAUACUGAUGAUUAUGAACAGCAAUAUCUACAAAAAGGUCACUGUCCAUUCUGUCGUACGAAACAUGAAGAUUAGAUAAUUAUGCUCAUAUUAACUGGUGUGUAGUCUGACAGACAAAUUAUUUUUCUGUCAACUUUUUUUUGUUUACUCCUCAUUAUCUUGGCUAAAAUCAUCUCAAAUUUAGGUCCAUAUUAUCGGAUGAUGAUUACAGGAUCCUAAUAAAUUUCCUUGUGAUGACAACAUUUUAUGUCUUUAUUAUGAUUUUUACUAAAACAGCUCGUUUAAACCUGCUCAUAAAAAGAUUUGAUAGGUGAAGAUUUUUAUUUUGGUGAUCUACUGACUGACAUUGAGUGUGAUGACAUAAUUCCUUUGAUAUUAUUAGGCUAAAAGGUAUCCAUAUUUCUUAGCUCAAGAUUGUCACAAAUUGUUAGAACUAAGCUGAGGAUUUAGAUUUAUUAUUAUUAUUACAGCAUAUUUAUAUUGUGCCCUUUCAUAUAACAUGUUCAGGGGCACUUUACAAAGUGACAAUAUAAUUAUAAAUAAACAACAAGAUUAUGAACAUGUUAACGAUUGUAUACAGAGUCAGUUAAAAAGCCUGAUUAAAUAAAUGUGUUUUAAGUUGUUUUUUUAAAGAAUAUGGACAUGUACAACAUCUUAGACUAAAUGGUAGAUUAUUCCAUAGAACAGGUGCUUGAUAACUAAAAGAGUGCUGACCAUAAGAGACUAGUUGAACAGUUUUGGGCUUUAAAAGUAGUUUAUCUGAUGUAUGUAAUGUUUGGCCAGGUGUAUAAAUCGAAUUGCAGUAUUUCUUAAAAUUUCGAUUGUAUCUUAGUUUAAGUUUUCGUGAAUAAGGGUCCAGAGAGGUAAACAGGAUCUAAAUUAUUUAAACAUUUAAAAGUAAGUAAUAAAAUCUUAAAAUCAUUUCGAUAUUUAACAGUUAACCAGAGUAAAUCAUAUAACAGGAGUUAUGUUGUCACAUUUCUUAGUUAAAGUAACAAAUCUAGCUGCAGUAUUCUGUACUUUUUGUAAUUUAUCUAUAAGCUUUAAAGGUAAACCAACUAAAAAGUGAAUUAAAGUUAUCUAAUCAAGAAGUGACCAGAGAAUUUACAAGUGACUUAGUGGCCUCUACAUAUUUAUGUAUUUUACCCAUAAUUCUGAUGUACAUAAAUUUUAACACUCGAAAUGUAUUACUGGUUGGUAUAUUUAGAACUCUUUGAACAUGGUUGUGACAUAAAGUAUAUUAGAUAAUAAUGUACUGUAAAUAUCAGAAAAAAGAAACAAAAUUGUAAUAUAAUUUUAAUUGGAUUGCGGACUCAUUAAUGAAAUUUCCUUUAUGAAAUGGAAUAAUAUUCAACUGACUCAAGAAAUUAAUGAAGUCUUUAAGUAAGACUUAAGAGCAUACUGUUUGAAUGGCAUUUAGUAAUUGAACACAUUAAAAUAAACACAACAGUUCUAUGGAUAACAAUUACUAUAUUUAAUUAAAGCUACGUUUCAACAAUGAUUCUCUUGUUGUGCUUGAUAACGACAAGAGAAUCAUUGUUGAAACGUAGCUUUAAUUAAAUAUAGUAAUUGUUAUCCAUAGAACUGUUGUGUUUAACUUAAGAGCAUCUUUAUCAGGCUAGACAUUGUCAAUCUAUUUGUAAAUUAAUUGCUUUUCUUGUCAUAUAAGAUAAAUUAUUUGUUAAAGAUACCUUCCAGUGUACAAACUGGGUUAUUUGAUGAUGUAUUUGUACUAAAAACAUAUUUAAACUAAAGUCUAAUUAAUCUAUCAAAAAUUUCCUUCAAAUCCCCCUGAAAACGUAUUUGUGAGGAAAUAUCCCAAGCUAUAAAAAAUCUUUUAAAAAAAGUCAUGUUUUUGUCACAUGAAUUGGCUGUCUCAGUAACUCGCAACCGAUGUGAAGCCGGGCAAAAAUUCAUUGCAUAUUAAAGACAGUGUUGUUUUUAGUCGCUUUCCAUUUAUCAUAAAUAUCGAAGCCUAAGUAAAUUCUCAGUUUAUCCCCAGCAAACUUCUUGUUCUGUGUUUUUUAUAUCAGAAACUGUUGUACGUUUGAAGUCUCUCACUUUUUCCACAUCAGCUCACCAUCAAGUUUAUCUACAUCAAUAUCAAGUGCUCCCCAACACAGAUGUCAGACAAUCUAUGCGUGCAACCUUUGACAUCAUGUGAGGAGACAACCCUUAAUCGUCGGGCUGUCAAUUAAUGACAUCCUCAGAUUUUUGUCCUUUGCGCGCCCCAUGGGUGUUUUUCAAGGAAUCCAGUACUCUUCUAGAAAGAUUGGGUGUCUCUACUUUCCAUAUAUACCAAAAUUGCCAUACUUUUAAUGGAAAAAAACACCAAAUAAAUACUUUUGUGGGAAAGUAUCUUUAAUUUAUUACUGGAAAUCAAUUUUUAAAAGUUAAAAUUUUGAUGGAUGACCAUAUAAUUGAGUUGACUGACUAAUGAAGUAAAUGCAUGAAAUAUAAGUUAUUACCAAUAUGCAUGAAAUAUGAUUUUAUACUUAUUACAUGAGAGGGCAUAUUUAAUUUCACUUUCAUUUAAACUAUAUUGUUUUACUGUAUGUAAAUUUAAAUUUCAUUUAUUGUAUAUUCCUGUUAAUUUAUUUUGCAUUUGUGAAAUAUUGAAAGAAUUUGUCAAUUUAAAAAUGUCUUGUCAAGACAAAAUGAGCUAUGUUUAAAAUAGUACUUUAAAAUAUUGUACAUUCCGUCCUAUUAUUAUUUAUAUAUACAUGUAUAUAUAUUCUGUGAUAAUUGCUUUUACAGCUUACAAGUUACACAAAUAAAAUG